AUGUCGGCACCAGCGGCAGAUUUGAGCUAUGUAGUGUUGGCUGGUCUCUCGGCCUUUGGGUGCGCGGCUGUGGCAGUCGGUGGUGGUAUAGGAGGAGGUGCAUUGUAUAUGCCGGCCUUUGUGGCAGUGAUGGGAGAUGCCCAUUGGGCGGUUCCUCUCUCUAAAGUGGCAAUCAAUGGUGUCGCAGUCAGUGCUACGAUAUUCAACCUACGUCAGAGACAUCCUACAUAUGAUCAGCCUUUGAUAGACCUGGACAUCGGGCUCUUGUUGGAGCCGCUUACUCUACUUGGUAGUAUGCUUGGGGUGUACCUCAACGUGGCGAUGACCAGCGUAGAGAUAUUCUCUUGCUUGGUAUUGGUAUUGUCCAUCACAGCAGCCUUGACGUUUAGGAAGGCUAUCCAACGACGACGGUUGGAGGGAGAUGCCUCUGUUGAGGACGGUCUGGGUGGAGCGGAGAUGGGCCUUCUGGGAGUGGAUCGUAGUGUUGUCGAUAAAGCGAGCAGGAUUCUCCAGGAAGAGGCUAGUCUCCAGCCCAUGAAAGCUUGGGCACUAUUUGUGCUCUGGCUUGCUAACGGCGCUCUACUUUACCUGGCUGAGGGGCCGGCUGAACUGUUGUGUGGAGGGACAGCUCAGAAGGCUAUGGUAUCUACGGUCGUCGUUUCGUGUAUCCUCGUUACUGGUAUUGUUCGUGGGCGUCUCCUCCGUCAACAGGAUGAGGCCGGCCUUCCUCCCUCGCCUGUGGUCUAUAACAAAGUCAAUACCAUCAUCUACUCCCUCUUGAGCUGCUUCGCUGGGGUAUGUGCAGGCUGCCUUGGCAUAGGUGGAGGCCUUAUAAAGGUGCAGUACCGCAGUCUAGGGAAGCUCUCCAGUGCUGGGUGUCAGGGUCCAUUGCUGCUCCAACUGGGCAUGGUCCCCCAGGCUGCCACUGCCACUAGCAUAUGGAUGAUACUAUUCACGUCCAGCAUUCGCCCUGCUUGGUCGCCUAUCCCUGCUACCAUCAGUAGUGGUGUGGUUGCUCAGCUUCAGCGGGGCUUGGGCUGGCAGUCGGAUCUUGGUCAGGAAGAUCAAAGAGUCUGGAAGGCAGUCGACUGUGGCAUUUCUGAUGGCUGCUUUGAUAGUCGUAUCGAUGCUCUGUAUGGUGGGGGUAUCUCUACACGACCAUAUGUCUGCCAAGGCUGGAGGUCUGAGGAGUAG